UAAUUGUUCCCCUAGAAAUCUUCUAUAUAAAUCUCAAUAUCAUCAUAUAAGUAUUUUACAAUACUUUUUCAUGCAAAAAUAUCCAAAUGGAACCCCAAGCUUCCCAACAAAUUUCACAAAACCUAAAUCAAGAAGUCCUUAAAAACCUCCCACCAGAAUCAAAACAUCAAAAAUUUCCCUACAAUAUCUGGGGUACCUUAAUAGGUAACCUUAGUUUUAGGUCAAAAUGGGCAGAAUUGAAUGGUGCAAUGGGAGAUUUGGGCACUUUUAUCCCAAUAGUCCUAGCAUUAACAUUAGCAAAAAAUCUUGACUUGGGUACUACUUUGAUCUUCACUGGUGUAUACAACAUAGUCACUGGUGCAAUCUAUGGUGUACCGAUGCCGGUUCAACCCAUGAAAUCUAUUGCAGCAGUCGCUAUUGCUAAUCCAGAUUUUGGUAUUCCAGAGAUAAUGGCAGCUGGAAUUUGUACUGCAGGGAUAUUAUUUGUUUUGGGUGUUACCCAAUUAAUGCAACUUGUUUAUGUGUUGAUUCCUUUAUCUAUUGUUAGAGGAAUUCAGUUGUCACAAGGGUUAGCAUUUGCAAUGGCUGCUGUUAAGUAUGUAAGAAAAGAACAAGAUUUUUCUAAGUCAAAAAGUAUGGGAAAUAGGCCUUGGUUGGGUUUAGAUGGUUUCUUAUUAGCUAUAAUUUGUGGGUGUUUCAUAAUUCUUGUGAAUGGCGCUGGCCGAGAAGACGUAGAAAAUGGUGGGUGUGAUAUAGAGUCAAAUGGCGAUUCUGAGGUACAGAGUGUGAGGAGUAGAAGUGAGGGUUUUAGGAGGGUUUUAUACUCUCUUCCUACAGCUUUCAUGAUCUUCUUGUUAGGACUUAUUUUAGCAAUUAUUAGAGGACCUAAAGAAGUGAUAAAGGGAUUUAAAUUUGGACCUUCCCCAAUUCAUGUUAUAAACACCCCUAAAGAGUCAUGGAAACAAGGAUUCAUUAAGGGCACAAUCCCACAAUUGCCUUUAUCAAUACUGAAUUCUGUCAUAGCUGUUUGUAAAUUGGCAGCCGAUCUUUUUCCGGGCAAGGAUUUCUCUGCGACAUCGUUAUCAAUGACAGUUGGGAUGAUGAAUUUAGUCGGAUGUUGGUUUGGUGCAAUGCCGACUUGCCAUGGUGCUGGUGGUUUGGCAGGACAAUACAAGUUUGGUGGAAGAAGUGGAGGGUGUGUUGCACUUUUGGGCAUGAGCAAAUUGGUAAUUGGGAUUGUAUUAGGAAGUUCAAUUGUGAAAAUACUUGAUUUGUUUCCUGUUGGUGUAUUGGGUGUAUUACUGUUGUUUGCUGGAUUAGAGCUGGCUAUUGCUUGUAGAGAUAUGAACACAAAAUCUCAAACAUUUGUGAUGCUUUUAGUCACAGCUGUUUCUUCGGUUGCAUCAGGUGGUGCUUCACUUGGGUUCUUGUGUGGAAUUGUUGCUCAUUUUCUUCUUAAGUUGAGAAUUUUGGACAAGCUACAAUCUUUCCCUGCAUUAUGGAUGGAAAGAUAGAUAUUGGUUGAUUUAAUAGGAGUAACAAUUAUAGAUAUAAUCCCCAUCUGUACCUAUCAAUGUCUCUAUGUACCUCUCAAUGUCCCUCUAAAUUUGCACUCAUUUAAUAAUAAUUAUUAAUAUUAAUAUAAUAUUUUUAUUGUCACUAACAAGAGUAAGGUUGUUACAUGAACAAAUUAUCAAGUCAUUAGAUGGUAUUUUUCUGGUUGAAACUGAUCGACAUCUGAGACCGGGAGGGUAUUUUAUCUGGACUUCUUCUGUCCCCAGUAUACAUAGAUCACCUGAGACCAAUGAAAGCCAAAAGAAAUGGCAAUUCGUCCAGCAGUAUGCUAUAAGUUUGUGCUGGAAUAUGCUUUCACAACAAAAAAAUACAAUUAUAUGAAGAAAAACCACACACAAUUAAUUGCUUGUCCUAAACCUCUUUCUUCUAUAUGU